AUGACUUCGGACUCGCCUUCGAAGAAUGAUAAAGUAGGACUGAGCAUUCAAGAUGCUCAGGAAAUAGUCCGGAAACACUUCACUGACGAGAAGACCGUCGUGUCCAACUUGCGCGAGAUCGACCACUACGGGUACAGCUUUUCACAAACCUCAAAGAUCUACGUCGUAGAUCUCCAAUCAGAGGACAACACGAAAUCAUCCUGCUUCAUCACAGUCGCGCAGGACCCAACCACCUCGACGAGCAAGUACCAAACCAACGCCCUCCAAGUCAUCCACAACCUCCUCGAAACAAUCCGCUCAAAGACAGCCAUACCCAUCUCCGACUCUGUGCUCGACACAAGCCGCGAGAUCAUACCCUACGACUACCUCCUCUCGCCACCAUCGCCAUUCGCAUCGUCCGAUAUCAUCUCCCUCCGCGAAGCCAAGCGCCGAAACGUCCUCGACCCGAAACAUCAAGUACUCAUAGACCUUACCCUCGGCCAAUUUCUCGCCCAACUGCACACCAACGUCCAGAACGACUGGUUCGGUGUGCCAGCGCUUAAAGAACCCGGGGAACCGUCGUAUAGCUGGCAGGAAACCUUCACGCUCUUAUUCGAAAGUUUCAUGGAAAACGUCAAGCACAAGGGAGGGUACGAGGGCCUCCCAUACGAUGAUAUCCAAUUGUACAUGUCAAGGGCGAUCGCUUUCUUCCUGUUCGACGAUGUCGAGGUCCCUUCGUUAAUCUGGCUCACUGGUUCAGAGGAUGACAUCUACAUCUCCCUCCCAACACACCCAUCAACAAAGAUACCCAGCAUCGCUGCACUACUUCCCAGUCUGACGCACGCCGUUUGGGGAGAUCCUCUCCUCGAAACCAUGUUCAUGGACCUUAACAACUCGAAGACGAUUUUGGAAGGCUAUACGGCGAGCGGUGGAGGCCCUUUGAUUUCGUUUCCCCGACAAAAGACGAAGCGACUGUGGUACACGAUCUUCCUGGCGUUUGUCGUUAUCUCCGAGUCAAACGAGCCAUUGACAUUGGAGCAGCAACAGAAGAGGGAUUGGGCGAAAGAAACCAUCGUUCGGAGCGUAACGUUGUUGAGGGAUAGUCCCUGUUAUUAG